AUGGCAUCCCACACUCGGACCAGGUCUGCGUCGGACAUCUUGGAAUUCGCAGAGGUGAAGUGUGUUGCACCCGUGAGGAUGGACGAGUGGGAUCGCAAAACCUCAAAGAUGGCAAGGCCAUGGUGUGCAUGGUCCCCCGACAGGUCCGACAGAGAGCUCAACAGGCCCAGCAGCCCAGUGGUGGCUCCUUUGACGAUCAGGUACCCAGCCCAAAUCCUGAACACGAGCAAGGUAUGGAAGACUGUGAAGGCAUGCAGAGGAAGCCGACGUUUGGGCAACAAAGUCAAGAAGGUGUAUCCUGAGCGAUUGGGACUGGCCCCUGCUUGA